AUGGGAGCCCCGCCCCUCGGCCGUGGCUGCUGCAGAGACUGCUUCGCGCAGGCUCAGUUUGCUACUCUCGCCCAGUCCACAGGCCACGCUUAUUUGCAUAGACGCCCCUGUGACUGGCCUUCGGGAGCCCCGCCCGCUUGCUUUCGGAGGACAACUCUUAUGGUGCAGAAUGACGAGCUGGCCAGGGCUUCCUGGAGAAAAACAUCGGCAGUGUUGCAUACUCUCCGUUUCUUUGGAAAGCGGACCGUGUCCGAGGAGGAAAAGGAGCAGCACCAGUGUCUCCUGGAAGGGAAUACGAAAUUUAAAACUGUGGAAGGAGUGGUAACAAAGACCAAUAAUGAUCAUGGUUGGAUUGAUGAGUCCAUCUUCUUCCAUAAUGAGAAUGUGACUGGUGAUCUCCCUCUGAGAAUUGGACAGAAAGUUACUGCAGUUGUGGAAGAAAAUGAAACAAGCCUUGGAUGGAAAGCAAUCAAAGUGGAGGCUUUCUGUGAAGGUUGUAUUGGUGGUAGACCAUCAGAAACCAAAAUGAAUCUCACCUUUGGAGUGUGUGGUGAUGAGUACCUUAAACACUCAAAUUACUUCGCUCUGGAUGUUGUUUGUAAAGAUUUUGACCCUUAUGAGGGUGACCUGAUGGAAGUUGUGUUUUCCUUCAAGACUGAAAUGCAGGACAGGAAGAUCAUCUCUGUGAAGCCUCUGAGAUACAAUCACGUGAAAGAGGUCUUCAUUACCAGUGUAUAUGGAAAAGAAGGGGUGGUGGACAGCAAUAUCUUUUACACCUUGGAGUCUCUGAAAGUUCCUGCUGGAUACCAACCUCAAGUCCAUGACCUUGUCAACGUGCUGGUAGUGCAGACUGCUCAGCCUGGCUUCUAUUGGAGAGCAAUCUCCAUGACCCCAGUGCUGUGUCAGAAGAAGAAGCAAAGAAAAGAAUGUCCUUUUGACCACAUUCGGGACCCAUUUCAGGUCAGUAGGUAUAAUGUUGAAAAACGUGUUUGCUCUUACUCCUUUACCAAUGUCACAAAUUUGUAUUACCAGUGUGAUCAUCACCUUAGUAGCAUUGACAAAAACAUUUGUUUGCAGAGGCCUAGUGCUCCCAGACUGAAUGGGCGGAGCCAAGUUCCCCCGCUCACUGCCUCUGAUUGGCUAGAGGAGUCAGCAGUAUGCUGCGGUGAGUGGGAGUUGGGGAGUGGCGAACUCACAGUAUUCGAGUUCACUUUCAUAAGCAGCAGCGGCCAUGAAGUUGGUGCUGACAGUGAGAGAGGCCUUGUGCGCUUGUUGGAAGCCAUGUUGGCCCUGACUGGGCUCCUGAGCCGGACCUUAUUGUUAUUUCAGAUGAGGGCGGACACUAACGAGGGGGCAUCAGACUGCUGGAAAAUAUUCCUCUGCCAUUCCCCAUCUCCUAACCCUGCCCUGGGACCAUUGGAGAUGGGGGUGUGA